GGUAUACGGGGGAGAGUGCGAUCUACGUAAGACAGCGGUGAAUUUAUGGCGGAAAGAGAGGCGAAAUCUCGCAAUGCACGAGAGAACAGGUGGUGGUCUACUGUACAUGGUAUGUGUACACACACACACACACGCACGGGAGCGCCCAACGUACGGGCCGAUUGCACUCGCUUACGUAGAACCGUGCUACCGACACUAGUUGACUACGUUAAGUGCGGUGUUUCUUCAGAAGUAAAAGCGGAAAAGUGCUGAUUUUUCUGUUGUAUGAUCAAGAAAACCUUUCUUUGGAAUAAGAAUGUAGAGGAUCAAAUGUUUUGGAUUGUGGAGUUUGAAAUUUAGAUGCUGACAUUCCGAUACUACUCUUCAGCGGCAUAAAACAUCAGAUGUGGACAUAAUUUCCUUUUCACUUUUUGUGCGGUGAUUUGCGAUUGUUUACUGCAAUGAUAAUAAUGGCGUCCACCGGUAAUCAUUGUUGGACUUCUUUGCUUCUCUUUUUGUCUAUCAUCAUUUAUUCUUCAGCCCAGUAUUUCUCGGUAGAACCACAAGAUAGAGAAGUGGUGGCCGGAAGCAAAGUUACGAUGACAUGUCGGGUGUUUAACCGUCCGGAAGGUUCGUUGCUCUACUGGAUAGCGCUUGGUGCGACCAACACCUCCAUAGGGCCUGACUACGAAGUACCGUUCAGCUAUAGAGCAAAGUACGAUAUCAUUGGUGAUCAGCGAAUCAACGAUUACAAUCUCGUGAUCAACGACUUAACGGCUGCCGACGCCGGGGGCUAUGUAUGCCUCCUGUUUCCACCUGGACGAGGUGAUAAUGUCGCGCCGACAUCUGCGAUCGCGCAGACGAGAGAAGCUUCGUUGACGGUGGCGACGUUGAGUGCGACCGGUGCUCCGGCUUGCUGGGCUUCCCCACGGCGCAACGUCCAUGUCGGGGAGGACGUCACGUUCAAUUGCGCCUCGACCUUUGAAAACAACACCCUAGCAUGGAAGCAAGGGUCCAACUCACUGCCGUCGUCGCCGAACACGACGACAGCGAUACCGUCAUUUAUCAUGACGACAUUCACGGCCGAAUCCUCGAUGAACGAGGCACGGUACACUUGCGCGUCGGAGACGGACUCGAACAGGCAGUGUCAGAUCGCUCUCGGGGUCACCUUCCCUCCGGAGGUCACCAUCGAACCCGUAGGCGAGGUCAAGGCGGGUCGAGAGGGACGAUUCCGGUGCACGGCGACGGGAAACCCAAAUGUUUUCGUCUACUUCUGGAAGUACAAUGAGGAGCCCAUCGAGUAUCAAUAUCAUCGUCGAUUCAACAUGGCCAUUCUGGAGGAAAGCAAUACCAUCUUGGUCCUCCCUGAUAUGGAUGAGACCGACGAUGCCGCCCUGUUGGAAUGCACGGCGAUCAACGAACAUGGCCAGGGUGUCAAUACCUUCCCCAUCCGCGUGGCCACCAACAACGUCACCUCCGUGGUCGCGUGGAGUCUCUGCGCCGUCAUCGUCGCCAUCAUCAUCCUGCUCCUCCUCGGAUUCUGCUUCUGGAGGUCGAGGCAGCAUAAGAAGCUGGAGAAGAUAUCCGAGGCUCGUCGAGGCACCCGAACACACUCAGGCCCCAUCGAGAGUGAGAUGAACGGCAACGUCAACCCCGCCUUCGUGGGCUUUUCACCGCUCGAUGUCGACUCCGUUGGUUACGGUCCCGAUAGUCAACCAUAUCAGUCGAGACCCAGCGACAGGGAUUACGACACGGGCCACCCCAUGCCGAUCCCGAGACAGACUAGUAAAAUAAGCGGUGAAUCCGACAGCGAAGGAAUCGUCAGGGACGCCGACGAGGAUGAAGUGACCCAAACCUACACCUACCAAGUCAAUCCCAAGUUCGAGGAGUACCGACACAAGGCGAGCUACGACGUCAGCUACGACGACGAAAUCGACCACGAUGUCGAAGAAAAGAAACCUCUUCCGCAGAACGACCUCGAUCUGGAGAAUGAGUUGGUGGGCGAGCUCAGCAUGUUUUCCGACUAUGAUCGGAACUUCGACGAGGAUGCCGAACCGGUGGUUGUGAGCACGGAACUAUGAUGAAAUGAAUAUUCAUACAUAUCACGUGCCUUGCUUUAAAAUACAAUAAA